AGAAUUUUUCGUUUUAAAUCCGUCUCCUUUCAUUUGCUGUCAUCUCUGCAGAACCAAAUACGGAUUAUCUCAUAACCAGAGAGUUGCUGCUUUAGGGUUCUUCUCGAUUUGUAACUCCAUUGAUUCUUCUUCGGUGAUGAACGAGGAUGCUCAGAUUUCUCAACAAACGGAUUCGAUUCAGGAUCCUGAUGUAACAACAGCUCUUACGGUUUCUGGUGUUGAUUCGAGCGGGGGUGUUCACGAAGCCAUUGAUGAUGAUGAUGGUGAUGCUGCAGCUUCAUUACCUAUGGAGCUGGAUUCGGCGGUUACAAAUGAUGCUAGGGUUUCCGAGAGUGAGAGAUCGGAGAAAGAUGGUCUCAUUGGGAGUGAGGAAAAUGAUAAAAGCGAGGAUGUUUUAGCUGAUAAGGAUGAUGAAAGCUCUGAACUUAAAGAGGAAGAAGAGGAAGAAGAAGAAGAUGUUUCCGAUGAUCAAUCUAGUGAGCUUGGCUCCGAAGCUGAUGAGAAGAAAUUGGAUUUGGAUUUCAAGGAAGAGAAGCGAGGAGUCUCUGAUUACAAAUCUCUCUUAUCUGAGUUUGAUGAUUACGUUGCGAGUGAGAAAAUGGGUUCUGGAGUUUCGAGGGCAUUGAGUUAUGGGUUUGAAGUUGGGGAUUUGGUUUGGGGAAAGGUAAAGUCUCAUCCUUGGUGGCCUGGUCAUAUAUUCAAUGAAGCUUUUGCGUCUCCUUCUGUUCGUCGUAUGAGGAGGAUUGACCAUGUUCUCGUUGCGUUUUUUGGGGAUAGUAGUUAUGGUUGGUUUGAUCCUGCUGAGCUUAUUCCUUUUGAACCGAACUUAGAGGAGAAAUCGCAGCAGACUGUUUCUAAACAUUUUGUGAGGGCUGUGGAGGAAGCCAUGGAUGAGGCGAGUAGAAGGUCAGCUCUUGGAUUAACUUGUAAAUGUCGGAAUCCUUUUAACUUCAGACCUACUAAUGUUGAAGAUUACUUUGCUGUUGAUGUGCCUGAUUACGAACUUCAAGCCGUUUACUCUGCUGAGCAGAUUAAGAAGUCUAGGGAUAAGUUUUCACCCGUGGAAACCAUUUCAUUUGUGAAGCAACUGGCCUUAGCACCUCGAGAGUUUGAUUCAGACGGUUUAAAGUUUAUGAAGAAGAAAGCAGCAGUUUGUGCUUUCCGCAAGUCAGUAUUCGAGGAGUUUGAUGAAACGUAUGCACAGGCCUUUGGGACAAAAUCUGUGCGCACUUCAGUGAGUAUGCAUGAACCUCAUAAUAGAGCACCGCCUCGAGCUCCCUUAAGUGGCCCACUGGUCAUAGCAGAAACUCUUGGUGACCUGAAGAGCUCGAAAAAACCCACAAAGGUCAAGGACUCUAAAAAAAAAGACAAGUAUCUUCUCAAACGAAGGGAUGAAGCUGGUGAUAAGUCUGUUCAAUUUGGCGAAGGUGAAGCAAGUUCAGCAGCUUCUCAAAUCCAGGGAUUUGAUGGACCUUUGGACGGGGAUUUUGUGCUGCAGAGAAGAGCUCAAACGCCAGUGAAAGAUGAGCAGUCUGGGAUUGUCGGCAUGGAUUUUGCCUCUUCAAGUGCAGAUAUUCCUGGUAAAGAAUGUUCAGUUUCAAAGCUCUCUCGUAAUGAAGAAAAGGGUUCAGCUGAAGAAUCAAAGGAGAAAAUGGAAGAAAGAACUACUGUACUUCCAGAGCAUGGGAAAUCUGAAGCUAUGAUGAGUCCUAAAGAAGAGGCUGGAACAGAUCUAGGAUCAGCUGGAAGCUCUCUCCAGCCCCUACUUGAGUCUCAUGCCUCAGCAGCCGAAGGGAAAAGUUCCACAGGUUCUGUAAUCAAGAAAGUCAAAGUUGCUAAACGAUCUUCAAGUGAAAUGGGCUUGGAGAAUCCUUCGUCAGAGCCAAAAAAGAAAAAGAAAAAAAAGAAAGAGCCUGACUCUGGCCUUCCAGAGAAGAGAAAGUUUAUAUCUUCUGGGGAAGCUGGGACGAAGAAACUGUCCCAGCUUGGUUCAGCGCAUUUACAAUCUUAUAUGGAAGCCGAUGUGCCGCAGCUGUUGAGUCAUCUGCAAGAUCUCUCUCUUGACCCUUUCUAUUGUUCAUCAGUUGCUUCUUUUGGAGCUGCUAGGAAAUUUUUUCUCCGCUUCCGUUCACUUAAUUACCAAAAAAGCUUGGCAAUAUCUUCCUCUGAUGCUACUGUCGAUAAUGUCAGAGACACAAAACCCUCAAAACCUGUCAAGACAGUGAAGAGAAUCGAAGACCCAUCAAAACCCGGAAAAAAACGCCUCUCUUCUGAUCGUCAAGAUGAAAUCCCAGCAACUAAGAAGCUGAAAAAAACUAAUCAGUUGAAAACAGGGGCUUCUGAUAAGAAGAUCAGUCGAGAAACAAAGGAUAGUACAAAACCAGUAAGAGAGCAAAGCAGUGUGGUACAAGCGAAAGCACCCAGAGCUCAAACCGGGAAGAAAACGGCUCCAUCAGUUAAGGUGGUUGAGCACACAAUGCUGGUCAUGAAAUUCCCACCUGGCACAUCUCUCCCUUCAGCUGCAUUGCUAAAGGCGAGGUUUGGUCGCUUCGGGCUGUUAGAUCAAUCCGCCAUUAGGGUUUUCUGGAAAUCAUCGACCUGCCGUGUUGUCUUUCUGUACAAAGCCGAUGCACAGACUGCUUUUCGAUAUGCAACAGGAAACAAUUCUCUAUUUGGAAACGUGAACGUAAAGUACUUUCUCCGCGAUGUGGAUGCUCCUAAAGCUGAGCCUCGUGAACCAGAAAACACAAAGGAAGAUGAUGAAACACAGAGUCAGUGGCAAGACCAAGCACCGCCACUUCACCAACCAAUCUUACCGCCGCCAAACGUCAACCUCAAAUCCUGCUUGAAGAAACCAGUCGAUGACCCGAGCAGUAGUAGUAACAAUGGAAAUAGUAAUCGCGGAUCCGUAAGAGUCAAAUUCAUGUUAGGUGGUGAAGAAAACUCGAGUAAAACAAGCACCGAGCCACCACAACCAGUCACAACAGCCUCGAAUAGAAACAGUGGAUCGUCUUCAUCAUCAUCUGUUGCAAUGGAAUUUGUUAGUAAGAAGUUUCAAAACGUUGUUCAUCAUCAACAGCUUCCUCCUUCUACAUUGCCACCAAUUCUUCCUCUCCCUCCACAAUACUCAAAACCACAUGUUCCCAUUAAACCAGUGGACCAUGUGGAACCACCACCGAUGCCGCCAAUAAGAAACAACUUCCGUGGCCAGAGCCAAGCAGUUAGCUCUGGAGACAUCUCCCACCAGAUGCUAAACCUUUUGUCAAAAUGCAACGAAGUAGUAGCCAACGUCACGGGCUUAUUGGGCUACGUCCCUUACCAUCCUUUGUAACAAAACGUAAGCCCGUUGAGAGAAACAAAUGUGAGUGUUUUGUUUUGGUGAUAUAUUGUAUGUUAGGUAAGUUAGUUUGGUUCGUAAUUUUAAAAAUCAUGUAUUACAAUUUAUAAUGGAACUCUCUCCUUCUCCCCUUGUUUAAA